AGGGGUGACAGGCAGUGUAGCUGUUGAGGGAAGAAGUUUUUUGAGAAGUUCUUGGCGUGGGUACGGUCAGCCCAACACUGAUGUUGCCAUGUCCAAGAAAAUGAAAACUCUGGCAGUGCCAGCGGGUCAUAUGACCCAAGCGGUCUCUGAUGGGGAACUUAACUUGAAGUUGUCCAGCAGUGGCAGCAGCUCCAGUCUGUCGGAGAGCUCGAGCCAGUCGGGUGGACCUCAGAGUCCCGACGGUCCUGCCAGCAGGGUGGUCAGCUGGGCGGUGUGUUUUGAACGCCUGCUGGAAGACCAUGUUGGUGUGCGCUACUUUACCGAGUUUCUUAGAUCAGAGGUGAGCGCAGAGAAUAUCCUGUUCUACGAAGCCUGUCAAAAAUUCAAGAAAAUCCCACCGACCAAACUGGAUGAGCUCAAAAAAGAGGCCCGCUCCAUCUACGACAUUUUUCUGUCUGAAAGCUCUCUGCAUGCGGUUAAUAUCGAUGAUACAGCCCAGAUGGAAGAGAGCGCCCUGGAGAUGCCCACACCUGACAUGUUCAAUAAAGCGCAGCAACAGAUCUUCAAGCUAAUGAAAAUGGACAGCUACACGAGGUUCGUCCGCUCUCCGCUGUACCAGAACUGCAUGCUGGCAUGUGUGGAGGGCCGUCCUCUGCCAAACAUCGGAUCCCCGGAGCCCAAGAGCAAAGGUUCCAAAAACAGCGCAACGCCACCUAAUAACAGGAAGAGUGUUGAGUUGAAAGUACCAUCAUCAGACAGUAAGAGCAACAGGAAGAAGAGGUUAGAGAAGAGAGGAUCAUGGGGAGCUGACGUGUCGUACCAGCAUGCGACAGUGUCUCGUAAAGAGUCCCAGAUCUCUGUGAAGUCUAACAACAGUCUGGAGUUAAUGUCUGGGUUCGGUCGAACUGAGAAUGGCCGCUGCAGUGUUGCCGUCUCUGAUCCAGAGGUUUUGAGUUCCGGUUCCCCUACAGCAGAUAAAUACUGCUGCGUUUACCUGCCGGACGGUACCGCCAGUCUGGCCCCAGCCAAACCUGGUCUGACCCUCAGAGACAUGCUCAGCAGCCUGUGUGAGAAGAGAGGGUUCCCUCUGAAAGACGUCGUUAUCUACCUUAAUGGGAAAGACAAGCCUCUUACUCUGGAUCACGACUGUUCUAUGUUUGGAGAUCAGCAGCUCACUUUGGAACUCAGAAUUACGUUUGCGCUGGAGAUUGUGUUUUCAGGACGGACGAUAGGAAUUGUCACAAAGUCGAGUAAGAAUCUGGGCGAUGCGAUUUCUGCCGUCCUACAGAAACAUCAACUGCGGCCUCAGGAUGUGUUGGUUACUCAUAGUGGCUCAAACGAACCUCUGAAAAUGAGCACAAAUGUGUUCCGUCUGGCCAGCAAAACAGUGUGCUUGGAUCGAGUUAAAGUUGGUUUGGAGACUCAAGACGCUUCACCAGCAUCCAGAGCUAGUCCCAGACCCAGAAAACACCAAGAGAUGGAUGGUCUUGUAGAGAUGCUGAAUCGCGCUCAGUGCAGUCGAGCCGAUGACCAGCGCGGGUUACUUACCAAAGAGCAGCUCGCACUGCCGAAGUUCCUGCAGCUGCCAGCCAGUUACGGAGAGCAGACGUCCUGUGACCCCUCACAGGGAGAACAUUGUGCCUUUUGACUCCUGAGACCCUGUUCGGUGUGAACUGAAACCGAGCACUAAAGACUCGUAUAAACAGAUGUCAAGCUAGAGGUGUGAAACUCUGAUUAGAUUACUGCACUCCGUAUGUGUUUGUGUGCGUGCGUGAUGAGAUUAUAUGUUCUUAAUCUGUGGUUAAAGGGACAUCUGUGUAUAUUUUGUAUAUUACAACAUACACAGACACUCUAAAUGCUGGUUCUUAGAAUAAGCACUUGUCCAAAAAUUCAAAACUAAAGAGAAUAAAAAAAUAAUAAUAAAAAAAAAAACAGCGAUUACCUGCAAAAAAACAUGUUGUAUUUAUUUUCAUAUCAGAUUGUAUUGUGUACAAUAUCAAAUGUGCUCUUCAACAUAUUUGGUAUGGGAACAUAUUUUGACUUUAUAUUGAGUAUGUACUUUGUUCACUUUGAGUUAGUUUCUGAUUAAAAAGGAUUCAUGUGAGUUGCCGUGGAGAAUUGCUGUGUGGUGCAUGAAACUGUCUUGCACUUUGUGUGGUUAAACAUUCUGAUAUGAAAUGAAUCAGCAAGAUCAUGUUUAGUUAUCAAAGGAAGUACUAGUUCACUCAAAAAUGAAAAUUCUCAUCAUUUACUCACCCUCAUGUUGUUUCAAACCCAUAUAGCUUGCUUGCUUCUAUGGAACACAAAAGGGAAUGUUUUUUUGUUCUUUUUGAAGGGACUGCCAAGCUCCAAAAAGGAUAACAAAAAAAGGAUCAUAAAAAUAGUCCUUAUGACUUGUGCUUUAUAUUUCAAGUCUUUAGAAGCCAUAUGAUAGGUUCAUGCAAAGGAACAGACCAAAAUUAAAGUUGUUAUUCACUGAAAAAUCCUGCCUUCCACUGUAACUCUCAAAUGUCAUUCGAGCAUUCGUGUAUUUAAACUUGACACGUCACAUUCUUUCACAAUACAUGUCAGAACCAAUGCUGUUUGGUAUCAUUAACAUCAAACCUGACGCAACAUGUCGUGGCACACCAUAUUUGAACAUGCACAAGCACAAAUGAGUUUUGAGAACUACAGUGGUGGGAUUUUCAGCAAAUAAUUACUUACAUUUUGGUCUAUUCCUGACACAAACAUAUCAUAUGAGGGGGGCCUGGGUAGCUCAGUGGUAAAAUAUGCUGGCUACCACCCCUGGAGUUCACUAGCUCACUAGUUCGAAUCCCAGGGCGUGCUGAGUGACUCUAGCCAGGUCUCCUAAGCAACCAAAUUGGCCCAGUUGCUAGGGAGGGUAGAGUCACAUGGGGUAACCUCCUCAUGGUCACUAUAAUGUGGGGCAUUCUCGGUGGGGUGUGUGGUUGAGCGUGGUUGCCGCGGUGGAUGACGUGAAGCCUCCACACAUGCUAUGUCUCCGUGGCAACGCACUCAACAAGCCACGUGAUAAGAUGUGCAGGUUGACAGUCUCAGACGCCGAGGCAACUGAGAUUCAUCCUCCGCCACCCAGACUGCAUGCGAAUCACUACAUGACCACAAGGACUUAAAAGCACAUUGGGAAUUGGGCAUUCCAAAUUGGGAGAAAAAAAAAAUUAUCGUAUGGCUUCAGGAGCAUUAGUACAUCAGUCAUGUGGACUACAUUUAUAGUGCUUUUUGUCAUUUUUGAAGUUUGACACCCCAUGGUCACUGUAUGCUUUCAUUGCAUGGAAAUGAGCAGCAUGAACAGUUUAAAAAAAAAAAAAAAACAAUUCCACGAUUAAAGUCAAACAGGUUUGGAACAUAAGGGUGAGUAAAUGAUGCUAGUUUUUUUUUUUUUGGUGAACCAUCCCUUUAAAUGUUUUUUUCUCCUCUUAAUGGUGAAUGAUAUUUCCUCUCUGAUUGCUUCAGCUUUGAGUGUGUGUAAAAAUGGUUAGUCAGGGCAACCUUGUUGAAAGCAUUGCUAUCACUGUUCCCUUCAUUAGACAUUUAUUAAAUAUCUAAUGUCAGGUCUAGAGAACAUUCUAGUAAUGUGCACUGCCAUCCUUAUUAGUCAGUGUAUUUUCUCACAGUUGACUUACUCCAUGCAGCACUUCUUAAACUGUUUACAGAAUUGCAUUAUAGCUGUGAAUGAGUGUGUGUGUCUGGGUCAGUGUGUGUUUAUUCCAAGUUCAAGAUGUUAAUUAUAGAUGUUUAUGAUUCAAUUUGCACUAGUUAAAAUGGUAAUUCUACAUCAGGAAUGACUACUAGUGAACGAAGUGAAAUAUGCAGGGCCAAAUUACAAAAAAUUAAAUAAUUAAUUAAAUGCAUAAUGAAAUUGUUAAACUAUAAAAUUAUGUAAUUAAUCAUUAAAUCACUAAAUAAAUCACUAAA